AUCAAGCGGAAACGCUCACUUCAGCUGGCGCCAAUUCAGUCACGUGCACGGCUGCCAACUGCUGGCGCCAGAUCGGAUCAUGCGAAUCAUGCCAUAGUGAGCAACUUUUUGUCAAAGAAGAGCACAAAUUCAACCUCAACAGCGCAGGACCGGACGUUGAGGAGGAGUCUAGAUCGCGCCCAGCAGCAAUUCCUUGCUUCAGUGGAGACAAUCAUCGCGAAGGCGUCGUGCAAAUUACGUUGAGUGCCGCUGUGAUCCGCUCCUUUGGAAGAACAGAGUUUGUGGGGAUCGCAAUUGGUCGAGUUGUCAAGGGGUGUUUGCAAGGUUUUUUGAGAGCAACACGUGCAGAUCUUCUCGUCGUCUGCAGCUGCGCCAGUGACCAUGGUGUCGGAUGCAUCUAAGAAGAAGGCCCUGGCCAAGAAGGCCAAGCAGAACAUCAAGCUGCAUGGCAGCGCAGGGUCCAGCCCCGCAGUGUCGCGCAACGCGAGCGCUGCGGAGUUGUCCAAGAUGACAGGGAGUGCGGCAGAUUUGAGCAUACUGGAUAAACCCAGCCAACAAAAUGGCUCCGCGUCGGAUCACCACCAGCGCACAGUGACGGGGGUGCUGUCGUCUCGGCCCACGUCGCGCGACAUCAAGAUCGAUGGGUUCAGCAUGGGCCUCAAUGGGCAGGAGCUCAUCCAGGAUUGCACCAUUGAGCUCACCAUCGGGCGGCGGUACGGCCUUAUCGGAGCCAAUGGGUCGGGCAAGACCAAUUUCCUGCAAUGCCUUGCAGCACGCGAGGUGCCCAUCCCCGAUCACAUGGACCUGUACCACCUGCACGAGGAGGCAGAGCCCAGCGACAGGACAGCGCUCGAGGCGGUGGUGGACCACAUCAAGGAGGAGGUGCGCCGGCUGAACGCGGCGGAGGAGCACAUCCUGAGCACAACGGGCCCUGAGGACGAGCGCCUGGAGCUGAUCUACGAGCGCCUGGAGUCGCUGGACCCGAACCAGUUUGAGGCGGAGGCGUCCAAGCUGCUGCACGGCCUGGGCUUUGGGACUAAGAUGAUGGCCAAGGCCACCAAGGACAUGUCCGGAGGAUGGCGCAUGCGCGUCGCCCUUGCGCGCGCGCUCUUCGCGGCGCCCACCCUCCUGUUGCUGGACGAGCCGACGAACCACUUGGACCUGGAGGCGUGCGUGUGGCUGGAGGAGUACCUGAAGACGUACAACAAGUGCCUGGUGCUGAUCAGCCACAGCCAGGACUUUCUGAACGGCGUGUGCACCAACAUCAUCUGGCUCACCGAGCGCAAGCUGACGUACUACUCGGGCAACUACGACACGUUCAUGAAGACGGUGUCGGAGAACGAGACGGUGCAGCAGAAGAAGUACGAGAAGGAGCAGGACGACAUCAAGCACAUCAAGGCCUUCAUCGCGUCGUGCGGCACGUUCGCCAACCUGGUGAAGCAGGCCAAGUCCAAGCAGAAGAUCCUCGACAAGAUGGAGGCCGCCGGCCUCACGCCGCCCGUCCAACGGCGCAGGACCUUCCAGUUUCGCUUCCCCGACUGCGACAAGCUGCCGCCGCCGGUGCUGCCGUUCGUGGACGUGAGCUUCUCGUACUCGGGCAAGGAGGAGGACAUGCUGUACCGCAACCUGGAGUUCGGCAUCGACUGCGACAGCCGCCUCGCGCUGGUGGGCCCCAACGGCGCGGGCAAGUCCACGCUGCUCAAGCUGAUGGCGGGCGACCUGAUGCCGACGCGCGGGCAGGUGAACCGGCACGCGCACCUUUCAAUCGGGCGGUACCACCAGCACAGCGUGGACCAGCUGGACGAGAGCUGCGCCGUGCUCGAGUUCUUCCAGAGGUCGUGGCCCAACAACGCCACCUUCAGCCGCGACGUGGACGAGUGGCGCGCGUUCAUCGGUCGCUACGGCAUCACGGGCAAGAUGCAGACGACCAAGAUCGCGGAGCUGUCGGAGGGGCAGAAGAGCCGCGUCGUGUUCGCCAUGAUGUGCAUGAAGACGCCCAACAUGCUGCUGCUCGACGAGCCCACCAACCAUCUCGACAUUGAGGCCAUCGACUCCCUCGCCGAGGCCAUCCAGCACUACAACGGUGGGCUGGUCCUGGUCAGUCACGAUUUCCGAUUGAUUGACCAAGUGGCCAAGGAGAUUUGGGUGUGCGACAAGAAGAAGGUUGAGCGGUGGAAUGGCGACAUCCGCGACUACAAGAAGAUGCUUAAAAAGACCAUGGGUCUCUAGGCGUUGGGCUGGGUGGGUCUCGGGAACGUGUUUGGUGGCCCUGCACAGAUCAUGUAGGUUUGCGCUCCAUUAGAAAUGCGGAAAGGUAAAUAGGUCUGAGAUGUCGCCUCCACAAGGUUGCAAGCGUGACACACAUAGAUUGGACUCAAGUUGGUGCACUACCGCCAUUCUUUGCGGCCACAUUGUGAUGGCCGGCCUUGUACCAUGAACCUGACUCUGGCUUGAACUUUCCGCUGGAAGUUCUCCGUUCGAGAUGGAACCUAGUAUUUCGUAGAGGCAGCUGACCCGAAAAAAUUGGUCUCACUGGCCAUGCACUUGAAUAAGUAUACGUGUCAAAUUAGUCAAAUCUUUUUGCAUCCGGAGGUGCCCUCUUCCCAACUGCAAAUAUUUUUCACAAUCCAAUCUGAACCGGGAUUUGCAACUUCAAUCUGGACAACACGUUCUAGCUCGACCUUCUGGGACUCCAAUGUGG